CCGACAAAUUUUUUUUUAAAAUUUAAAAUUUAAUUUUUGAAUCACCUUUUUUUAUCUAUGCUAUUCCUUAUACCUUAUUCCUAAAUUAACCUUUAUAUAGUAUACAAUAUAGUAAAUUCUCAAUAAUUAGGAAAAUCCACAUUCAAAUUACCCUCAUAACAAAUAAAAAAAAUUAUGCCCACAGGACAAAAUAAUUCAUCGGAUAAAGGGCAAGAUGAUGAAGGAGACGGGGAUGGAACGCCAGGCGAUGAGGACCUAAAGGGCAAAAGGUUGAACGAUUUAUCAAAUAUUCGUAAAGAAAGUAAUGCGGUUAACGUUUCGGUACCAACCACAACCUCAGGUAUAAACGCGAAUGGAAACACGAUAACGUCCAACACUUCCCUCACGACUCUCAAUGGAUUGAUUCUGCGAAGACAGCUAUUGACGGAACCGACCAAGAAGAUUGGGGGGAAAAUCAUGGGAGUUGUGGAUAAAAGGAUGGCUCGGCAUAUGUCUCUAAAGAAACAACGACAGACAUCUAUAUCCUCUUUAGAUGAUUUGAAACAAGAGCUAGAUAUAGAUUUUCAUUACGUGGAAAUAGAAGAAUUAUACGAAAGAUUUGAGACUCAUCCCAUUAAUGGGUUAACUUCGAUCAAAGCCGAAGAGUUGUUAAAAAAACAUGGCAUGAAUUCUUUGUCUCCACCUCCCAAAACCUCUGAAUGGAUAAAACUUUUUAAACAACUAGUUUCCGGUUUCUCAAUUUUAUUGAUCAUUGGAUCUAUCAUGUGCUUCGUAGCGUAUGCAAUUCAAUUUUCCUUAAUAAAUCGGGCGGUAUCAAAGGACAAUCUGUUUCUAGGAGCUGUGCUCGCAGUGGUUGUAUUAAUAACAGGUUUUUUUUCAUAUUACCAAGAAGCAAAAAGCUCGAGAAUUAUGGAAUCCUUUAAAAAAAUGAUGCCACAACGCGCAUUGGUGAUAAGGGACGGUAAGAAAAUAGAUAUAAAAGUGGAAAAUCUCGUUGUAGGGGACAUUGUAGAUAUACGAUUCGGUGAUAGAGUUCCGGCAGAUGUACGAAUCAUCAAAAGUCAAAGUUUUAAGGUUGAUAAUUCUAGUAUAACUGGUGAAUCGGAACCUCAACCAAGAUCAAACGUUAUGACGAGUCUCAAUCCGCUGGAAACUAGAAAUCUCGCAUUUUUUUCUACCUAUGCAAUUGAAGGUAACGCUAGAGCGAUCGUAAUUAGCACGGGAGACGCUACUGUGAUGGGCAGGAUUGCCAACCUAGCUUCCAUUAUUGUCGUAGAAGAAACUCCCAUACACAAGGAGAUCAAACGUUUUGUUUUUAUUAUAGCAUCAAUCGCCGUUUUUUUUGGCGUCUUGUUCUUCAUAAUUUCCAUAGUCAUAAAUUAUACCUGGUUAAACGCAAUAAUAUUCUUCAUAGGCAUUAUAGUCGCAAACGUGCCUGAGGGAUUAUUACCUACUAUCACGGUAUGCUUAACAUUAACAGCCCAACGUAUGGCUUCAAAAAAUUGCCUAGUCAAAAAUUUAGAAGCCGUAGAAACGUUAGGAUCUACAUCCACUAUAUGUUCAGACAAAACAGGAACCUUAACUCAAAAUAGGAUGACUGUUUCGCACGUUUGGCUUGAUCGUCAGGUCCACAAAGUCGAAUUCGGAACCGAAAAUGAAACAAAUACAUAUGAGCAUAGCGAAACGUGGAAUGCGUUAGCUAGAAUAGCAACACUUUGUAAUCAUGCCAUUUUCACACCCACUCAAGACAAAAUCCACAUUAUGCAAAGAGAGUGCAUAGGUGACGCGUCUGAAUCUGCCCUAUUAAAAUGCAUAGAAACGAAAGUAGGGAAUACAGAAAAAACUAGAGAACUCAACGUAAUGGUUGCUGAGAUUCCUUUUAAUUCUACCAACAAAUAUCAAGUUUCCAUUCACGAGAUACCCGAUCGAUCGAAAUAUUUAUUGGUAAUGAAGGGAGCACCAGAACGAAUUUUGGAUCUAUGUAAGACGGCUCUAAUAUACGACGAGGAAAAGAAGGAAGAAAGGGAAAUUGAAAUUGACGAAGAUUUUAAACACGAUUUUAAUAAGACUUACGUUUACCUGGGGGGAAUGGGCGAAAGAGUUUUAGGUUUUUGCGAUUUUUGGAUGCCAAUCGACCAAUACCCAUUUGGCAAAUUUCAUUUUGAUACCGAAAAUGUCAAUUUCCCACUAAGCAAUUUUAGAUUUGUUGGAAUGAUGUCAAUGAUUGAUCCUCCUCGACCUGGUGUACCAGACGCAGUCUCUAAGUGCAGAAGUGCUGGAAUCAAAAUAAUUAUGGUAACAGGGGAUCAUCCUCUCACAGCAAAAGCUAUCGCUAAACAAGUUGGAAUCAUAUCGGAAACGAACACCAUCAUUGAAGGGAUUAUAGAUCAUCACAAAGAAUUUUCUCCCGAGUUCAAGAAAAUCAUUCAAACCCCUAUAAAUCUCUCACCCGGCCAGGAAAACAAUGAAAGUAUAGUAGUGCAUGGCCAAGAGUUAAAGGUUCUUAAUAGCCACGAUAUAGAUACGAUACUAAAAAAAUUUAGAGAAAUAGUGUUUGCGAGAAUAUCACCACAACAAAAAUUGAGUAUUGUCGAAGGAUGUCAAAGACUGGGAGAGAUUGUAGCAGUGACCGGAGAUGGAGUCAAUGAUUCACCCGCCCUUAAAAUGGCGAAUAUAGGAAUCGCAAUGGGUAUAGCCGGCAGUGAUGUGAGUAAACAGGCAUCAGAUAUGAUAUUAUUGGACGAUAACUUUGCUUCCAUAGUUACUGGAAUUGAAGAAGGAAGGCUCAUAUUUGAUAAUUUGAAAAAGUCGAUAGCUUACACAUUAACUCAUAAUAUACCCGAACUGACGCCCUUUCUAGUUUACGUAACAUUUAGCAUACCAUUGCCCUUGGCGACGAUCACUAUUUUGUGCAUAGACUUGGGCACGGAUAUUGUUCCAUCAAUUUCAUACGCAUACGAAUAUCCCGAAAAUGACAUAAUGAAAAGAAUGCCCCGCGAUCCAAAAAAUGAUAAAUUAGUAAAUUCAAGGCUAAUAGGUGGUUGUUAUGGGCAGAUUGGCAUAAUUCACUCGUUAGCUGGAUUUUUUACAUUUUUUGUUGUAAUGGCCGAGAAUGGAUUUUUACCAAAUCGACUCCUAAACAUUAGAGCACAGUGGGACUCAGAGUCUGUUAAUGACUUAAAAGACUCCUUUGGACAAGAAUGGACAUAUGAAAAUCGAAAAAUAUUAGAAAAAGCUGGUUAUUCUGCAUUCUUUGUGUCUGUUGUUAUCGCACAAUGGGCGAACUUGAUCAUCAGAAAAACUAGAAGGAAAUCUAUAUUUCAGCACGGAAUGAGAAAUUGGGUGCUGAAUCUUUCUUUGCUCUUUGAAACCGGGUUAACCUGUUUGCUCUUUUACACCCCUGGAUUAAAUUCUGCCUUAGGAUUUUAUCCUAUCAAGGCUCUUUGGUGGUUGCCGGCGAUGCCUUUUAGUGUCUUAAUUUUUGUGUACGAUGAAACUAGACGAUAUUUUAUGAGGAAAUAUCCUGGAGGUUGGAUUGAACGCGAGACCUACUUUUAAAUGAGCCUUCCGCCAUUCUCAUAAAAUAAACUAAGAUUCGUGUUUUUGUAUUUUUUUAGAGGAACAUAAAUCGAUAUAACAUUAUACCAUUUCAUUAUUAGGAUUAAUUUUUUUUAAAGAAAGAACAUUUAAUUCAAUACAAUUAAAGGUAUCCAAUUUUUUUUUAAUAUGCAAUUUUUUAUACAAAUUAUUAUAAAAUAUAUACCUCUUUAAAUUUAUGGAUAUUGUUUAAUUAAAUUAUUUCAACAAUUUUUUUUUGCCUAAUCCUCUAGGUGUUGGUAUAUGAUAUGAAUACUUAAAAAUCAUAUAUUUUUCAAGAAUAUUCAGUGAAAAUUUUGUGCUCAAAUUAAUAUCUAUACUGUAUCAAUGAUUAAUUCGUUUAGAAAAAAAAUAAAUGUUGGCUAAUUUAAUCGUAAUUAUACCAACCUCCAAAUUCUUGAUCUUGAAAAAUUAGCGAUAAAAAUUUAUUAUUUUUAAAUUUUUUUAAUUAUUAUUUUAUAUACGUUUAAUGUAAUAUAAAUUUUUUUUAUAUCAUUUACGA